AAUUUCAAUCUCAGUAAAGCAAAGCAUCAUCACUCACUGGUCACGCACCCAGUAGAGAGAGAAAGAGAUAAAGAUGGAAACUUUACAGAUAGAGAAGGUAAGGAAAGAAGAGCAGCUUUGAGGUGAGAGAAAGGAGAGAAAGCUCUGCCCUUGAAAUAUGCAUCGCGAUAAGGACUUGUGUGUGCAAGAGCUUUUUGUAGUAAAAGUUGAGUAAUAACUAUUUUUUUAUUAUAAUAAGCUUCAGAAGAACUGCUUCACCAUCACCCUAUGCACAGAUGGUCUUCUCCUGCUCUCUGCGCCACUUCUCAGCAUCAGUCUGCUUUUAAUUUCAUGCCUGCAAAGUGUUCGACUCUUAACCCUUGUAGAGGCUCUGCUGCUUCAUUGGUUCUUUCAAAGUCUCAUCCUUUGGACGUGAUCUACCUCUAGGCUCCAACCCCAGUUCACUGAUGUUAUUAGAGGUAAAUGCAUGGAUCGAAGGGAUGCUAUGGCAUUAUCUGGGUCUGCAUCUUACUAUAUACAACAAAGAGGAAUAACUGGAUCAGGGUCUGGAACACAGUCUGCUCUACAUGGAUCGCCAGGCCUUCAUUCAUUAUCUAAUCCAAAUGUGCAAUAUCAUUCAAGCAUUAGUGCUACUACUAUCGGAUCAACUUUACCUGUCGAGCCUUCAUCUUCCAUUCCGUCCCACAGCAAUGUCGGUGCACCUUCUCCAGUGGCACCAGGUGAGACUAUGAAGCGCAAAAGGGGAAGGCCCCGGAAAUAUGGCCCUGAUGGGACUGUGUCAUUAGCUUUGACUUCCUCACCAGCUACACAUCCCGGGGCAUCAGCACCAACCCAAAAACGGGGUAGGGGUCGACCACCAGGUACUGGAAGGAAGCAGCAAUUAGCUUCACUAGGUGGAUGGCUUUCUGGCUCGGCUGGGGUGGGUUUUACUCCACAUGUCAUCACCAUUGAAAUUGGAGAAGAUAUUGCGGCAAAAAUAAUGGCAUUUUCACAGCAAGGGCCAAGAGCAGUGUGUGUCUUGUCAGCCAAUGGAGCAGUCUCCACUGUAACUCUAAGUCAGCCAUCAUCCUCUGGUGGCACCGUCACCUAUGAGGGGCGAUUCGAGAUAUUAUGUUUGUCAGGCUCUUACCUUCUCAGCAGUGCUGGUGGUUCCCGAAAUCGAUCUGGUGGUCUUACCGUUUCCCUUGCUAGUCCAGAUGGUCGAGUCCUUGGUGGAGGUGUUGGAGGAAUGCUUAUUGCUGCUAGUCCUGUGCAGGUGAUAGUGGGGAGUUUCUUUUGGGGUGGUUCAAAAACAAAGAGCAAGAAAGGGGAAGGUCAAGUUAUCAAGGACUUGGAUGAUCAAGCAGUUGACAAUCUGUUGACUCCUACCAGUGUCAUGCCGAGUCAAAAUCUCUCUCCAUCUCCAACAAGUGUAUGGCCUGGUUCACGGUCGAUUGAUAUGCGAAACGCCCAUGUUGACAUCGAUCUAAUGCGUGGAUGAUAAUUCACUAUGAUAGUCCAUGAGCGGUGUAAAUACCAUGCUGUUCUGAGGCCACAAGAAUGUGAUUCGCAAGAGUCCCAUAUGGACAUGGGGUAGACAGUAAAAGGCAAGCUGAUUUUUGGCUUCUUGAUGCUGACUUAGUUUACCUGUGACAGAAAAUGGUAUUCUGUGCUCAUAUUUGUAGUUUAAAGACAAUCUAGUUCAAAAUUUUUUAGUUCUCAAUGAAUCAACUGAUAUGGACCUUCGAAUAUUGAUGAAUGGGAUUUCGAUCGACAUCAUCAUAUUUACAUUUCUUUGUAUUGACAAAUUUUCUA